CUGUCUGCUGCAAGAAUAAGGAAGCCCCGGGUCCAUCUGCCAACAUGGAGAAUCCUACCACCACCACCACCACCAAGAGGAAGCGCCCGGUUCGAACAAUCGAUACAAAAACAAACGCAUUGAAGACGGUAGUCGACCGCAAGCUGGUCGAGGUCUCCCUUUUCGGAGACUAGAACGAAGCGGAGGGUUAUGAUUUAUUUUUAUACGAAGAAAAUCGAAAAAAACUGAAGAUUGUUCAGCACUUUUCACUGCUGCUAUUUGAUCAAACAAGUACCUAGCUUUCCGGCUUCUACCGAGGGAUGCUUUUUCCUUUUCUUACCGGAGGAGCCCUUAAUUCGGUUGCCUUCUCUAUUUAUGGUUCCGAAAUACGCCAUCUACAAGCACAAUGUAAAACACAGGAAGAAAAGCAACGGCUUUGGAGAAAGCACGUAUUCAUAGCAGGAUCGCUUGCCGGAGCUUCGCAAGUAUUUUUGGGGUGUCCCGUGGAAGUAGUAAAAGUGCGGCUACAAACACUUCGAUGUCAUCCGUGGCUCUGCCUGCAUGACAUCGUGGUCAACGAGGGCAUUCGGGGAAUGUAUCGAGGCAUAACGCCGCUCAUGUGCCGGGACGUUGUUCCAUACGGUAUCUACAUGUUGGUGUAUGAGUACAUCCUCGGUAUCGAGGAGCGGCUGCACAGACUGAAGCGUGAUAACAAAAGGGGCGUCGGCAACCGAUAUGAAGCCUCCCUGAUUGGUACUGCCGGUGCAGUGGCCGGUGUGGUUUCCUGGAUCAUAAUAGUACCAUUUGAUGUAGUGAAAACCGUUAUGCAGACCGAAACGAGCACCACCAAUCAGCCGUCCAUGAUGGAGAGUUUUCGUUAUUUGGUUCGGACACAUGGUUGGCGAUCUUUAUUUCGAGGCAGCAGUAUGAUAAUUGCACGAGCAGUACCUGUCAAUUCGGCCACAUUUUUAGGUUACGAAUGGUUUCUUGGAAAGUGCCAUGAACACUUUGAGGUGGAUUAUACUUGACAUAUUUGUUAAACGUAUUCAUAGCUCUUUUUACUUAGAUCUAAUAUUUAAAACAAGUUCAAACAUGCUAGCAUAAUUCUCAAAAGAAUAAAAUGGAAAAAAAACCUUAUAUUAACAGAAUUAAGAAAUGUGAUAUGACCAGCAAAAAAUCAGGCAUGGUACGAUAUCAAUAAAUUUAUUUAUUCACGAUCAUGCGAUUUGUUUUUUCGGCUUCAAAGAUAAUAUUCAAUUUCAACACUGUUCCACUGCGUCGAAAACUACCGAUUUACUCCCGACACACUACGGUUACUUAUGUACGAGUUAGUUAUAAUAUUGACUAUCGUAGGUUAUCAUAAUCCACCAAUGUUAAAGU